AUGGCGACCAAGCCGGUCACCGUCGGUGACCUCAUCCACCGCGUCGCCUCCUCCUGCCUCUCGAACCGCCUGCCCUGCAACUACACCCUCCGUGACUCCAUCGAUAGCAACCUGGACGACGACGACGACCCCUUCGCCGACGCCGUCUCCAGCAGCGAGAAAUGCCAGCGGUCCCCAUCCGCUGCGGAGGCUGAGGAAAUUGAGGAAGAGGAGGGGGGAGGAGGAGAAGCUCAAGAUCUGGGAGGAGGGGGAGGAGGAGAAGGAGAGGCUGGCCGCCGCUGCCAAGGGCGCCGGGCGUGCCCACGACGCGGACGCGCUGAUUGCGGAGGUGUUCGACGCCGUGCUCCAGGGCGCGCACUGCCCCUAGAUCCUGACAAGAUGUGCACCACGGACGCGGCUGUCGUCGUCGAGCUCUGCCACCUCGCGCGCCUCCGCGACCGCUUCUGCCGCCGCGGGCCACAUCCCACGCCCGAACCCUUCCGCGCCGCCCCUCCACGAGGCCGUGGCACCGUAUGA